AGUUACGCUUCGUGAACUGGAGAAAAUCCGGGCUCCGGGAAAACUUUACUGCAAAUAGGUUUUAUCGAGUUGAGUGGUUUCUUCUUUGAUUGAUUCUACUUAAACAACGGAUAAUGAAACGAACUAGUCGGCACAGGCUCCUGCAUAUAUCAAUUUUUUUCCUCAUCUACUCCAUAAUUCAAGUAGUAUCUGAUAGAUAUAGUGGACCGAACAGCGACGAUACAGGCAAAGAAACAGAUACGUCUGCUCAUAAACAUGUUUUAAAUAUGCUUCAUACGCAUACAAGUCAUAGUUCAACAGGCAAAGAGACAAGUAGCACAGAAAGUGAUAAAGCCCAUAGUCACGUUUUGGGUGUAUUACAAGCUCAUGCUGAGCACAGCUCGUUAGGAAAAGAGCAAGUGACCGCGCCAAGUACUGCAGCUCAUGAUCAUAUAAUAAACAUAUUACACGGUCAUUCAGGACACGGUGCGAUUGGGAACACAGCAGCACCUAAUGCUACUAAAUCACCGGAAGCAUUUGAGAUGAUGGUAUCUAAACUCAUCGAUCACGUUCAUGAGAGUAUCGGCGCCGGAGGUAUCAACCGAACUUCGAAUUCAACAAUGGCAAUGAAUAAAUCCAUCGAGCUAGAAGAAUGUACUACACCAGCUAUUAAACAGUUUCCGCAUCCCAUCAUGGGUCCAUCAACUAGGAAACAUGGAGGUCUGAUAAUCCACAUUAUAGUUGCUAUAUACAUGUUCCUGGGAUUAGCAAUUGUUUGUGAUGAAUAUUUUGUAGCCUCCUUGGAUCGUAUUUGUGAAGAAUUGAAAAUGGCACCAGAUGUUGCCGGAGCAACAUUUAUGGCAGCAGGAAGUUCCGCACCAGAAUUGGCAACUGUGAUAAUAGGAGUUUUCUUAGCUAAAGACGAUAUUGGAAUAUCUGGUGUCAUUGGAUCUGCGGUGUUCAACAUCAUGUUUGUUAUUGCUUGUUGCGGUUUGUGUUCUAGCGCAGUGGUUUACCUGAACUGGUGGCCCCUCGUUAGAGACAGCUUCUUUUAUGCAAUUUCUAUUCUUGUUAUGCUGGCUGUUAUAUUCGAUAAAAAAAUAUCAUGGAUUGAAUCAUUAGUUAUGAUUUUCACCUACUUAAUUUAUUGCGUUGUUCUUCAUUAUAACACUCCUCUAGAGAGGUGGGCGCAAACUUGGCCAGUACCUUUCAAAGUUGUACCACCUAACGAACAGUCCGGCCUCGUUAGUUACAAGACAUUAGAAGAUGGUGGAAAGCAUCAGUCCUACGGUAUGGAACAAACCAAUAUUGCUCAAAGUUAUGGAAAUGAACAGGUUCAACAAAUACCAGAAUAUUCUAAUCAAGGAAUGAACAACUUUGCAAUGGCAUGGUCUCCCGAAAAAUACCAAGACAGUUUUGCUAACCAACUCAGUGGACCUGAUCUCAACCAAGCCAGUCAGCCAGAACCUAUACCCCAACCUACUCAACCUGUUAGACCAAUUCAACCAGAUUAUUACAAACCAAAGGAAUAUGAUCCAUCGGCACACGCUGAUCCAUUAGUUAAGCCAGAAGGAGGAUGGUACAUACAAGCAACCUGGGGUUUGGUGUUUCCUAUACAUUGGUUAUGCAGAAAAACAAUGCCCGACUGUAGAAGUGACAAAUAUAGAAAUUGGUAUCCUUUCACUUUCUUUGUUUCUAUGGUAUGGAUUUCAUUCUAUUCAUACUUCAUGGUUUGGAUGAUUACAAUUAUAGGUUACACUAUGGGAAUUCCAGACACAGUUAUGGGAUUAACAUUUGUAGCAGCUGGAGUUUCGGUGCCCGAUGCUUUAUCAAGUGUAGCUGUCAUUAAAGAAGGAUAUGGAGACAUGGCAGUUUCUAAUGCAGUUGGAAGUAAUGUCUUUGAUAUACUUAUAUGUUUGGGUCUUCCAUGGUUCAUCAAAACUGCUAUAAUAAGACCAGGAACUACAGUCAAAGUUUUAAGCAAAGGUUUGACGUACUCUACUUUAUCUCUUCUAUCGACAGUAAUUUUCUUAGUAGUAGCUACGCACAUGAACGGCUGGAAAUUAGACAGAAAAUUCGGCAUCAUGUUAAUGAUUUGGUACUUAAUAUUCAUCACGUUCGCUAGUAUGUACGAGCUAAACGUAUUUGGAUACAUGAAUCCUCCAGAAUGUCCUACAGACUGGUAAUUGUGAGUUAAUACAAACGGUAGACUCAAGGCUUGAAAGUAUUUAUUGUUGUUAUCAUACAUACUUGUUAAUAAGUUAACUUUUUGCAAGUAUUAAGCUUUUAGAACGUGAUAAACAGUACUAGAAUUAUUUAUUAUGAAUAAAUGAACAAUAUAUGUUUUUAAAAAAACAAAAA